ACUCUGUCGUCUUAUGUUUAUUUCAGGCUUUAUUUUAAAGGCAAGUGAGACCACUUCAAAUCAAACACUUCCACAUUUCCAAGAAACAGCUGAGAGAAGGCAAAGAUGAGCAGAAACCCCUUGGCUGACACUCACACACUUGCCGUGGACCUGUAUGAGGAGCGGGCGAACACACAGACCAACUGGCACAAGGAAAGGAUGGAAUUACUCGACCAGUUUGAUAAUGAAAGAAAAGAAUGGGAAAGUCAGUGGAAGGUCAUGCAGCAGAAGAUUGAAGAGCUUUGCCAGGAAGUAAAGCUGAGGAGGAAAAUGAACAUGAAUGAACAUUCUAAGGUCUUUGAUCUUGAUCAAGAUAAAAUGGAACUUCCUCCAAAUCACCCCAAUUCAGGAUGUGACUUUAGAAUGACGAAUCACCGAGAUGAUCUGGUAAAAGACAAUGAACUAGAGAAGGUCUUCCUCAGAGAAGGAAGCCAAGCUUAUAAAAAACAAAACAUACCCACAGGAAGCAAAGUCGGGCUUCUGAAUCCUAUGGCCACAGAAGAGGAGGCAUGUGAGGCAUGGGCUGACACAAGGACUUCUAAGGAGGAGAGUAAAGAUUGUUCUGUUGCCCUUAACACAGCUCUUGAAGAACUUGCAAAAGUAAGUGAAGAAUUAUGCACCUUUCAAGAGGAAAUCCGAAAGCGACCUAACCACAGAAGGAUGAAGUCAGAGUCUGUUCUCCGGGAAAUGUCAAAUGCAAUCAGUGUACCUCAUAAGGACCACUUGAUCAGUAAUGGCCAGGGCAUUCUUCCAACCAAUUUGGAGACAGAAAAACAUAAAAACAGUCUGAGCUGGGCCAAUGGACUACAAAAUAAUUCUAUGAAAAACUGUGGAAUUGGUAUAAUUGAUUUACAAAGAAGUAAAAUUCCACCAAUUCCUCCUCCAAGAAGUACCUCUCGAAAUUUCCCCAGCUCAUACUCUGAACAAGCCCAAGAAAGACUGAAGGAAAGUUUAUACCACAGGUGGGUGGCCCUUGAGAGUCAAGACAAAAGGAAUUGCAACCCUCAUUUCCUUUUGAGGCAGUCUCCAUUGUUUCCACAAGAAGACAGAAGAUUGAAAGAUAGUACCAUGGUUUCCUCUUUGACACCGGAAGUCACAAGAGAUAGCAAGCCUCCAGGUAACGAAGACACUGGACUUAAUAUGUUGUCAUGUGACACUGUAAUAGGCACAAAGGAGAGCCCUUCUGCACGGUCUCAAAUAACUGGCUGCACCCCCAAUAAAGCAAACUUUGAAAAGGUGAUUCCUGAUAACCCUAGUAAAUCGCAUCUUGAUCUUCAUGUGAAAAAUGACUUUCUUUGUUCAGUGAUACAGACAGACCCACUCAGAAGUUACAACUGCAAUUUAGAGAGAACUCCAAGGAAUGAAAAGCUGGCAGCAAAGAUCGAUGAAUUUAACAGGAUUGUAUUUAGAACAGACAGAAAUUGUCAACCAGUACAGCAAAGUCAAAGCUAUUCAAAACCACCUGAUAAUCUCAAUCUCUGUGAUAGCCCCACUGCUCAUAGAGAUGACCUAUCAGAAAAUGACAGUGGGACUAAAGGUCUGAAAGCUAAUGACCACACGCCUAUGCCCAUGGAAAAUGUGUUCAGUAAUUCCACAAAAGUGUCUGCAACAGGUCUGCUCAAACAAAUGCAGGCAUGCGUGAGUCCCAGCAGCUACCAUCUCAUGUUCCAUGAGCAUGAUUGGCGACCAAGCAAUUUUUCUAGCCGGCCAAAGUCGUCUGAUCCCAAAUCAAAUUAUGGUGUUGUAGAAAAGCUUCUGAAAACCUAUGAGACAGAGACGGGGUCUGCACAGCAAAACUCGAAAUGCUUCAGGGAUAACUGGACCAAAUGUGGUUCUGAUGAAUCCAUAACAGUGAAAGCCUCGAAUGGAAAAGGAUUUUCCCGACCUGCUAGACCAUCCAAUCGCCGGCUCCCAUCCAGAUGGGCAUCCAGAUCACCAUCUGCACCCCCAGCCUUACGGAGGACAGCCCACAGCUACAUAGUCUCUCUGAAAACUGCAGCCCAGAUGGUCUAGAUCUCUAGCCUGGAUUGCUGGACUACAAUAGUUCUCGUCCCUUUUGCCAAACUGACUAUUCAGAGUGUUUUUACAAACAGUCCUGUUCUCUUCUGCAUCUUUCAAGAUCACUGGGACAAGCGAUCUAACCCUAACUUUCCAUCAGUCUUCAGUGUUUUUAAUCUAUGGGAUAAUUUUCUCCUUGUACUUUAAUUUCUUAGAUUAGAUUUUUUUAUUGACAUCUCCAUUGACUUCCCAAAAUGAUUUAAGUUGACACAAUGUACAAUACUGUAUAUUCUAACUUUCUUGCAAAUGCAGAAAACAAGGUUAUGUGCAUGGCCAUGUGUUUGUAGAUGCAUGUAUUAUCAUAGGAAUGUAUUUAGGUAAAAAAAAAAUAUGUGCUAGUGUUGACUUUAAAUUAUAACAUGUAGACCUAUAUAUUCUUUAUGUUCAUUUUAAAGUUUUGAAAAAUAUACAAUCCUAUUUAUAUUUUGCACCUUUUAAUAGGUAUCCACCUAAGGCAUUUGAUGUUCAUAUAGUAUUAACCAUUUCCUUGGCCACCAACUACAUUGAAAAAUAAGAAUUAUACACAAACCAAACAUUAGCGGUUUUCUGGAAGUCGAUCUUAAAUAACAUUUUAACCCAUAUGAUGGUAACGUGUAUUAUUGAUUUCUUGUUUAAAUAAAAACAUCACAGGUUUAACAGAUCAGUCUUCUCAAGCAAGCAUAAGAUGCUCACCUGUGAUUUUACAUAUCAUCUGGUAGUCUCACAUGGCUUUAACUAUAUACUUGAUUCUCACAGCCAGUAUCAUAAGACUGCCUUAAUAAUGACAGGACAGAGUAAUGAAUUUAUUUUGUUCAUCUAAGUAAUCAACAUUUGUGAGAUACAAAAAGGAAUUAAAUUGUGCUGAAUUUUACUUUUUGUUAAAAUUGUUGUAAGCUUUUAGUUUAGCUGCUUUAUCUGCUUCUAUGGAAGUUAGCCACUUGCUUUGAUUUUUUUUCCUUUUUCUGAUUGUUUCCCAAAAAUUAGUAGAUAAGAGAUUAAUUCACUUUUUUUAUAAGGAGGAUUAUCAGGAACAAUAUUUUAUUGACAGCUAAAUUAUGCUGUGUUUCUUAUACUGUGUUAAAAGGCCUUAAACUAUAUUUGGGCACUGAUGGUCAAAA